AUGGGCAUUUUACUGGCAUCGAAUUUAAUCAUGACAUUAAUUGGAAUAUGCUUACAACGAGUUCUACGUGAGCGAAAUGUAAAUUUCCUCUCUACCACUCAACAUAUCAUUUCUUGUCUAACAAGUGGCAUACUUUUAGGUACUCUUUUAAUGAUGAUCCUUCCUGAUUCCCUUGAACUAUUUGCUCAUCGAUGGCAUACGAUGAGCAUGGGUUAUUUAUUUAUUGGUUUAGGCUUUUUUCUUAUAUGUAUUAUUCAAGAUUUAUUUAAUUUAUAUGAAUUAUAUGCAUUCAAACGACAAGCUAGUAGUGAAAAAGAAGAAAUUCUAAAUUCAUCGAAGGAAUCAAAUCACGAUAAUCGUAUAACACGUCUCAUUGCACUGGUUUUUGCUCUCGGUACUCAUAAUUUUUUUGAUGGGAUUAUCAUUGGUGGACAAACGAAAGACGCAAUGACAUUGUGGCUUGUAGUAGCUGCCAUAUGUUUUCAUAUGUCUUUAAUUGCAUUUUCCGUAACACUUCGUCUUUUAGUUGAUAAUGAAACUUAUAUUCGAGUGUUCUGUGCUAUGUUUAUCUGGAGUUUGAUGGGACCUCUCGGUGUACUUGCUAGUUUACUUAUCACUUCGGAAUCAUCUGGGUUUAGUCUGCUCAAUGGUACUUUACAAUGUUUUAGCGCUGGAACAUUCCUUUAUAUAACAUUUAUUGAUAUGAUUCAUAGUGAUCUGAUGAAAAAAACGUUUUAUCCAUUUGCUAACAGUCUGUUGAUUUUUGGUGGAUUUUCAAUUAUUGUUUUAAUUAGUCUGCUGCAUAAAUAUAUGCAUUAG